UGGAGUAGGAAAUGAGUUUGUAAACAGUUUGGAGAGCGCAAAUUGGGUUCAUCGCGUAUCGAGAAGAGAUCAGAGAAGCUUGAACGGUCUAGCCGGAAAACGAUGGCGCUGGUGGAGGAAAAGCUACCGGGGGUCUCGAAAGUGAAAGGGGAGUUUCAAGUAAGAGAGGACAGUGCCCUGGCCCGCAGACUCCAAGAUGAAGAAUUCGAGGGUCAUUUCAGUAUGAACGUACAAGAGCGUCAGAUGGCCAGAAACGACGUGUCCAUGGCCAAGGACCUCCAGAAAGAAGAAAUUCUCGAUUUCAGACAGCAAGAAGUGAGGCGGAGGGAGGAGCUGCGACAGAGAGAGUUGGAGGAUCAAAGACAUGCAGAAGAAGUGGCUCAAAAAUUGAGAGAAGAGGAGGAGAUAAAAGAAGCUCUGAGAAUGCAAGAUGAGAUGGUGGCUCGGGAACUUGCUGAAAAGGAGAGAAAACGUUUGGAGAAGAAUCGAGAGCAGGAGAGGGGAGAUGCCCGACUGGCGAGACAGGCCAGCGAGCGAGAGGCAAGACUGAUUGGGGAGAAGAAGAGGAGAGAGGAAGAGCUGUCACAGAGAGAGGCUCAGCGGAUAGCCGAGAGGGACAGGCGUUCGGGAUCCCCCUCUCCGCCUCCCCCCUACCCCAGUGUGGCUGGUGGGUAUGAGUUCCCUGUGGCUGAAGGCGAUGAAGAGGAAGAAGAAGAGGAUGAGGGAGAAAGGGUAAUGGACGAGACGGAGAGAGUGGCUCUGCAGGAGGCCGAGGACGAACGAAUGGCGAGGGAGUGGGAGGAGAAGGAGAAGAAGAGGCUACUUCUCGAGAAACAACGCCGAGAACGAGAGGACAUUGAGAUAGCCAGGAAGCUGCAGAGACAGGAGAGCCAGGGACGAGAGUUGGGCGAGGAAGACGAGAGAUAUGCCAAGGAGCUCCAGAGGCAGGAGUUGGAGAGAGAAAAGAGACGACGCAGAGAGGCCGAAGCGAGGAAACAACAAGUCCUGUCUUCUUCUGGAGACGGGGGAAGGCUUGUUGACUAUCAGGAUGGCACGGAAAAUGACUUGCAACUGGCAAAGAAGCUGCAGCUGGAAGAGAUAGCUGCACAGAGGAAGAGGAGAAGAGAGGUCGAGUUGAGGCGAGCUCAGCAGCAACAACAACGCCGGGGAGGAGGGAGAGAGGGAGGGAGGGGAGAAGGAAGAGAGGACAUGAGGGAAGUAGAGAUGCGACAGGCAGAGCAGCCGCAGCAGCAUGGAGGAAGAGGAGGAGAUUUUAGAGAGGAAGAAAGAGGGGUAAUAAGAGAGGGAGGGAGAGAGGUGGCGAGGAGUGGGGGGACUAGAGAAGGGCCGCCUGUCACACAAUCACUCCGGCAGCCAGUGGGCGGUGGUCACCUCACCAGCAGGAGUCCAGACAGACAUCAGUCUCCACGCCGUGACCCAGACCCCUCUCAAUCUCGUCAGUUCGUACAUGCCAGCUCAGGCAGGUGUGGCGGUCAAGACGACUACGUCUCCAGGACGACGAAUCCAAAUAGUGCCCACCAACAACUCGCCACCGCCGCAGCAACCACAGCAGACAGCAGGAGGGAGCCCCAUGGCCUACAGGAGACAUCCCGUGAACCAGGGAGCUCGGAAGAAAGCCACAUCAAGAAUGUCAACUCAGGUGGAGAUCGGGACUUUAGUUGCAGUCAGUUGAAUUCUCCGUCCUACGGAGCUCUAGUUUUCAACGGAGCCGAGGUGCCCGUCUAUCAGCAGCCGAGUUGGCGGGAAAAUGACACCGUCACCAUCGUGUGCGCCCAGGGUUACCGUCUCUUUGGCUCGUCUAACACGUCCCUCGGAACGCAAAGGAACAUGACUUGCAAUGCUCCAGAUGGUGGUGGAAGCGGUAGUGGGAAUAGCAACAGCACAACAACGUCGACAGGUGACGGUCGUUGGAGCGAAAACCCGGAGGAUUUCAGAUGUUCUAAGGUAGACUGUGGAAGUCCGUAUGCUGUAACAUAUGGAUCGGUUUCAUUCAACGACACUGGGCUUUUCUCCACCGCCGAGUAUAGCUGUGAUCCAGGCUAUCAGCUCACUGGGGGAGCGACAUACAGUGUCUGCUGGUGGAACAGUACAUGGUGGCCAGACACAAUAGUCUGCACUCCCAUACUCACAGUGUGUUCAGACCCACCAACCAUCCCCAAUGGUGCCCGGACCUGGACAGCAGGGGAACCAGCUCCAGUGGGAACCACUGUUGACUAUGCCUGUGACUCCGGCCAUGAGCUAGAUGGAACAGCAGUCAUAACAUGCGACGUCAAUGGGAACUGGACCUCUCCACCAACCUGCAGUGCCUCGGCUGUCCUAUCAUCAACUGAGAUAUACAUUGUUGAGGGUGCAGGAGCAGCCUUUCUCGUCCUCAUCCUCUCGGUUGCACUGUGCAUUGUCUCCUGUCUUGUCUGCAGGAUAAAGAUAAAGCAGAGACAAUAUAUUGCAGACGAGGAGACGCUGGCUAAAAGUGGAGCCUUCACUCUCUCAAACCCUCUAGUCAAAGAUGAAGGUGGGUAUAGGUUGAAGGGGUACAUAGGAGAGAGGAGAGGGGAGAGGGAAGACAUGCAGGAUGCCCACACCAUCAUCGAUGAUUUUACUCCUCACUUCACCUCCCUUCCCAACAACAUAUCCAGGGUUGCCUAUUACGGGGUGUUUGAUGGACACGCUGGCAGCAGAGCCUCCACUUACACCGCGGAACACCUUCACCUCAACAUAAAGACACACAUUCCUAAAGGUAGUGUGCAGAAUCUUGACAGAGAGGUGAAGAAAUGUCUGUUGGAAUCUUUCAAAAGGACUGACGAAGAAUUUCUGAAGAAAGCAGCUGAUGCCUCACCCACCUGGAAAGAUGGGUCAACAGUGGCAGCUCUACUGGUGUUGGAGAUACUCUGUACUCUGCCAAUCUCGGAGACAGCAAAGGCCGUCCUGUGUCGGAGCUCCACCGACGGAAAACGGACCAUCAUCCCACUCACCAAGGACCACAACCCCAUCAAUUUUGAAGAGAGGAGGAGGAUCGAGAAAGCUGGAGGUACAGUGAGGGAAGGUAGAGUGAUGGGAAUAGUUGAAGUGUCACGUUCCAUUGGAGACGGUCGAUUCAAACGUUGUGGCAUCAUCUCUGUUCCCGAUGUACUUCGAUGUCACCUCACUCACAAUGACAGAUUCAUCUUGGUGGCGUGCGACGGUCUGUGGAAGGUGUUUUCAACCGACGAGGCAGCUGCCUUUGUGACUUCAGUUCUGGAGGACCCCACCAUUCAACUUCCUGAUGCUACUGAAGCCGAGACUAACUUUUGAAUCAACACGACCUCUGACCCUGCGAGAAGUCCGCUACGAGGAGGCGUGUAACAGGAUCGCCGUGGAAGCGGUCAAACGAGGCUGCACUGACAACGUGUCCGUCAUGAUUAUUGACAUUCAGAAGCCUCUGAACACCACUUCUUCUAUCAAUUGACAUUAGGAACUUUUCUCUCGUGAGACUCUCACAUAAUUUCUCCCUUUCUUCUUGGUUUUUUCCUGUUUAGU